UCUUGAUUUGCCGAAAAUUAAACUUCAGUUGCAAAAACUAAGGAGCGGGUAGUUUUGGGAAUUUUAGCCGCGCGUUUAAUUGGUUGUCACCUCAUGUUCAUUGGUAGAACUCGCCUAUAAUAUACGCCGCAUAUAAUGUUGACUAGCAAGCUCAGUCUUCAGCUUCCCAAGCUAGGAUAAAGGGCCGCAGAAAUCAAGUCUGUUUUCCUAUAUCUCGGAGGCUACAUACUGUUGUUCCUGCUUUACUCUCUUGAACUUCCUCUUUUUAAGAACUGAGCAGUGUUAACAGAUCACGAAACAACAUGGACGACGACUUUGGUGAUAUCCCAGAGUUUGAUGAGUUGCUUCAGCCAAAUAAAUCUGAUAAAAGCCUACCGCGCUCUGCUGCACCAACAACCUCAGAUCAACGACCCAAAGUCCAGCAACCCAAACCCCAAGCACUCCCAAGCCGAUCAGGCCCUUCUGCUAUUCUAGUUUCAGCAAGGCAAAGAGGGAACCCAAUUCUCAACCAUGUGCGACACAUACCUUGGGAAUAUGCAGACAUUCCCGCAGACUACGUCGUGGGGAGCGCGACCUGCGUCCUCUUUCUAUCGUUAAAAUACUACCGUUUGCACCCUGAAUACAUCUAUGCGCGAAUCAAGGGCCUGGCGGGAAAGUACAAUUUACGCAUUCUUUUAACUCUGAUCGAUAUUCCGAAUCACGAAGACAGCCUUAGGGAAUUAUCAAAGACAUCAAUCGUCAAUAAUCUGACAUUGAUUCUAUGCUGGUCUGCGGCUGAAGCAGGGCACUAUCUGGAACUUUUUAAGUCUUGCGAACACGCGCAACCGACUGCUAUACGCACGCAGCAAUCACAGUCAUAUAACGAGAGCCUAGUAGAGUUCAUUACUGCUCCAAGAAGUAUCAACAAAUCGGACGCGGCAAGCUUAAUAUCAACAUUCGGGAGUUUACAGGCCGCCGUCAACGCUCAGCCAGAGCAAAUCAGUGCAGUUCCAGGAUGGGGGGAAAGGAAGGUCCAACAGUGGCAUGAUGCUGUAACAGAUGAUUUUCAGAUAAGGAGGACCGCCAAGCGGAGGGCAAAGCCGCCUAUAGAUAAUACCAGAGAAGCUAGGACUCUGGAAGAGGAUUUUACUGAGGAAGAAAGUGCGUUUCUCGCUGCUCAUAACGAAGAAAUCGAUCGCGAUGCGCCAAGGCGGCUGUCCGCGAAUGCCGGACGCCAGAUUCACAAAAAUCAACGGAAGGGUCUAAAUGAUACAGAACUUGAAAACCUUCCCUCAAAGGAGGAUGAAUCCGAAUCAAGCAUACGCCGCUCAGAUCAACACGAGGAGCAGUUAAAUGAUGGUGUCAUGGCAGCGCUCGCUAAACUUCGAGAGAACGGUGGCUGAAGCCGAAUCACGGCAGAUUUCAUGUAUACCCAAAAUCAUAUCGCGUUUGCGAUGAACGUCUGUAUGGGAGCCUUGGCAUAAUUCUGUUUGAGUUUGGAACCUGGCAUUGGGACUCUGAUAUCAUAGGUCGUUAUCAGAUGUUGUCUUAGGGUCGGGAAGUUGAAUGCGAUUGAACGCGCGCAAUCACCGUAACAGUCAAAUUAAAACACCACAUUUAAGAAUUCGCCAUCGGAGGCAGAACUAACAAAGACAAGAUGAAGAGUCUACAUGGAUAGUGUACAUUUAAGCCGUUGUACAUGUACAGUACAUGUACAAAUAGGUAGGAAACCCCAGAUAGCCUCACAUAUGCAAGCCAUGAAAUAUCCAGCUCUUUGGACAUGUCCGCCCCGCCAUGACCUUGUCCCUUGAAAUACUUUUUUGUUUUUUCCUCCAAAAUUAGAUUAGAUUAAGUAUCCAGCAAUCUCAACAAGUCACAUCAGCGCCGCCAUGAUUCCGGUUUCUGCCAAGCGCUGCGCUCGUUUACUGCGUACAUUAACCCUCCACUUUCCAAGCGUCUCCGCAUUCCUGGGGCUAGCGCUGC